UUGUGGAUGUCAACUCAGAGCAGAGAAAACACAAAAGAAAAAAAAUCUUCCGUCGUUUCGUUUGUAUGCGCGAGUGAGAGUGCAAAGGAAGAAAGUUUUUACAAAGCAGCAAAAGCGAAUAAUCAUCAUUGCUGUUGGAGGUGGUGUUUUUCUCCGCGAAUUCGAAAACCGAUUUUUUCCACUCGCGUCAGCAGAUUCCGUAUCGCCAGGAAAGCAUUUUAUCGCGACGCGUUCCCUUCCGGACCCGCAACGAAAAACAUUCCACUGAACCGUGACCGGAAGUGAUUUUGAAACUCCAGCAGAAAAGGGGGGCGUAUUUUUGGAAGGCCCCAAGCGUUUGUGUGUCACCGCGAGAUUUUUGCUUUCUCAGCCCUAAGAAAAAGCGACUCUUCCUGAUUCUGGUGAUUGAUAAGGGAACGAGAAUCGAAAGCGCAAGGCAAGGAAGCAUAACAAUCAUUGUUGGAUAUUGAUAAGCCAUGGAGUACGAAAGCGUAGUGCUGGUCAAGCAGGAAGUGUUCGUCUACAAGAUCCCCCCGAGGCAGAGUAACCGUGGCUACCGGGCCGCGGAUUGGAACCUGGGCGAGCCAACGUGGACCGGCCGAUUGCGGAUGGUGUCCAAGGGGAAGACGCUGGCCGUCAAACUGGAGGACAAAGUGACGGGGGCACUGUUUGCCAACUGUCCCAUCGAGGCGUACCCGGGAGUGGCCAUCGAAGCCGUGUCCGACAGCUCCCGGUACUUCGUGCUGCGGAUACAGGACGAUAAUGGUCGGACGGCAUUCAUCGGGUUGGGCUUCGGCGACCGGUCCGACUCGUUCGACAUGAACGUGGCCCUGCAGGACCACUUCAAGUGGGUCAAAAACGAAGAACAGAUCGCCAAGGAAAAGGAAGAACCCCAGCAGCAGUUGGACCUGGGCUUCAAGGAGGGCGAGACGAUCAAGAUCAACAUGAAAAUCACGAAAAAAGACGGAUCGGAAGGAGGAUCCAGAACCGGUGCCAAGAAGACCGGUGGGCUAGGACUGCUGCCACCUCCACCCGGAGGAAACAAGAUUGCGCCUCCACCCUCGGCAGCGUCGCCAUCUCAUCAGCCUGCGGCUGGUUCCGCAGGCCAGUCGGAUUGGGGUGAAUUCACUUCGGCUGGUGCAAAACCCCAAACGACAGCGACGACACCGAGUAAAACGAAUGCCAACUGGGUGCAGUUUUAAGGUUAUGCGAAUGAAGUAACUCAAAAUAUCCUUAGCAAAAAUAUAACUAGGAAGGUAACAAAAGAAGAUAACCUAUACAAAACAUAAUUUAACAACAAACGGAAUCCAGACCCAACUAAUACUACUUCUAGUGCUACUACUACUACUACUACAUCCUACUGUUGUUGAUGUUGUUGUUAAACCUAACUUAAACACAAACACACACACACGAACACAAACCCACACUUAUUGCUUUGUUCCUUUUUCGUUUUCAAAUCCGAAAAUGGUCAUCGCAGCACCAGAGAACCAAAAUUCCCAAUCCCGGAAAGGUAUUCAUAUACAACCAUAAGAAAAAAACAUAGAACAAUACACAUGCUUCGUGUAGAAAGAGCUUUGCGUUUUGGAAACUUUUGGCCGCCGAAUCCAUUGUCGAAUCAUACAUACAUAGAGUCAGUGACAUAUAACCAUCUUGCAUAGCAGAGUAGAGGGAUGAUAAAAAGUAUAUCGGAUCAAUAUACACAACAUUUUUGACGAUAAGAGCCGGAAGAUGUUUGGCAAUGCUAUAUAUGUGUUAAAGAGUAUAUAGAGUUAGAGGCAAUAAUGGUGAGCGGAAAUUUGGGAGUACAGUAACUCGAAACAACAAGCAACCACAAAUCUAUAGACUAUUUCAUGAAUCGUAUGACUCUGUUUGGUAUGUUUAGGUUACUUCUUUGAAGAAUUUCGUUACUACACUGCAAUGACGACUAAAGGUGUCCUUAUCUGAAUAGUGCAAGUGCAAAGCUGCGUACGAUUUGAGUUCAAAUUUAGGAAAUCGACUUCGUACUCGAGGGCAUAACACCGAUCGAUAUAGCUAUUUAAUCCAUUAUGAAACAAUUGAUCGAACAGGUUGAAGCGUUGUUCGCAGGAAAACAAUGAUGUAUAGCUAUAGUUUGAACUGUAUCCUUCUGUACCUUGGGUUGAUGGCGCGUGAGUUUCGUUCGUUUGAAUUUUUGCUUAAAACAAAGUUGAUACUGUUGAAACAUUUCUCGAUGAUUUAUUUUUUUACGUAUAUUUAGAUUAAUUAAAUUUAGGACUUAGGAGCGCGGAAAAUAAAGAUUAGCAAGAAAAUGUAGCGUAAACAGUACAUUUAUGAAGCAUCAAUAAAAAUAGUGUUGUCUCACACAGAAGUACACCUGUAUUCUAGCGAAGGUGUGAAGCUAA